CCAGUCGGCUGGUCUGCAUAGCCCUGCAGGAUGUCAUCCCUGCUGUGAACAUCGCAUGUGGUUGUGAAAUAAUCUUGGAGACGUAUACACAGGGUGCGAUAAUGGUAUUUCGCUCCCCUCUUGUAUCUUACUCCCCGCGACUUGUCGUCACGGGGUCAGUAUCGCAUGCGAUUGCUAUACUCUGCACCAUCUGCAGGCUGGUUUACAGAGGUUGGACGCGUCAAUUAUGGUGGGAAGAUGCAUGGGCGGCAUUUGCACUGAUGUCAGACGUUAUCUGCCUGGUAUGGAUCUGGACCCCUACUUCGAGAAGUUUACCGGUCUGGACCUUCGCUGUGGCUUCUGCCUCCGUCGUGUGGGCCGCGCGCAUGAGCAUCAUUUUCUCCAUCAUCCGAAUCACCAACCCUUCAGGUGACAAGAUCCACAAAUGGAUCACUUACCCCAUCGCAGUAUCCUUCGUGUGCAUGUGGGCCGCGCUGGUCGCGUACAAGAUCAGCGUGUGCAUUUACUACUUGUGCCGGAUGACCCAGGCAGUGGCACUUUCCCAACUGAUCACUGAUGUCAUUGCGGAUGUUUCCCUCAUUGGUGCGCCGCUGCAGUUGUGGAAAAAUGUAAAGCUCUCGCGCAACAGCAAAAUAUUGAUCCUGUCUGCAUUUGGCUCAUCGCUUUUAAUCACUGUAAUCACAAUCCUGCACUCGACAAUGCUCUUCCAGUCAACCACAGAAACUACGCUCAUCAUCGCGCACGUCAAGGCCGCACUCAGUCUCGUCAUCUGCAACUUCCUGGUGAUAGUCACCUUGGCAUAUCGCAUGUGCUGGAAGGAAAGACUCGAUCUCGACCAGUCGUUCACAUCUCCCGGAAUCUUCUCGAGCGUUGUCGUGACACAAUUCCCCUUCAACCCGAACUCCAGGACGUCACCCUCUGUCCAAGAGGAGACAAACCAAGAUAAAUAAGGACGGCGCGGACUAUGCAGAAGAUGAAAGACGCUAGCAUUCUUUCUGCCACAAAGGGCAUUUCCACUGAAGAAUGGAAAGCUGCAUUGGAGGAUAGCGGUUGGUGAUCGGGAGAUGUGCGUUUCUCAUUAUAUAACAUAACCGGGGUAUGUUAUAUGCUGUACGGUCUUAAGUUUGUCGAAUAAU